ACGGGACAAAUCAUAGACCCUGAGCUGCACAGCUGCUCUCAGAGAGACACUUUACAGCCUUGCUUGGCUCCAGGUGCUGCCGAGCCUUGAGAUUCGCUCCCAUCCCAACGAUGCCUUCAGGAGCCAUGGCCACAGCUGUAUGAGCCCUUCGCAGAGCAGGACUUGACCUUGCUACCCAGCAAGCCUCCUGAGUGCCCUGCUCCCCCACCUCUCAUGUCUGGCUACCAGGGCAUACUCAGAAAAUGUCUGUGCCCCGGAUCCAAGUGGAAGAAGUGGGUGAGAAAGACAGGCCGGCGGGGGCAGCCGUACCUCCCGAUGACCACCUCCUCAGCCUGAAGGCCCUCACUGAGAAGUUGAGGCUAGAGACCCGAAGACCUUCCUACCUGGAGUGGCAGGCCAGACUGGAGGAGCAGACAUGGUCUUUCCCGAGGCAAGCUGCCCAGCAAGAGGCAAGUUUGGAGCAGGGAGCCUGUGGAGGAGGCGGAGAGCCUUUGAUACCUCUAAGGGAACCCAGAGAGCUUCUCCCACCUGCCAGGAGUGCCAGCAGGGGUGACAGGCCACUGACCACGGGCAAGCUAGAAGGCUUCCGGAGUAUUGAUGAAGCUAUAACCUGGGUCAGAAAAGAAUUGGCAGAGAUGCGGCUCCAGGACCAGCAGCUGGCCAGGCAGCUCAUGCGUCUCCGUGGAGACAUCAGCAAGCUGAAGAUCGAGCAGACCUGCCGCCUGCACAGGAGAAUGCUCAAUGAUGCUGCCUUUGAGCUGGAGGAGCGGGACGAGCUCUCCGACCUCUUCUGCGACUCCCCUCUGGCAUCCUCCUUCAGCCUCUCCACACCACUCAAGCUCAUUGGUGUCACCAAGAUGAACAUCAACACCAGAAGGUUCUCUCUCUGCUGAGAAGCCUUGGGGGUGAAGGGGGACCAGAGCCAGGGGUGAGAGGAAGAGGGGUCUCAGACCAAGUUACCCAAAGUGGGUCUCCGUGAUGCCGUGUUAGGGACUUGAAAGGCCCCAGGACCU